GAGAAGCAGAAACCAGUGCAGAUGAUGUUUCAGAAAUCUACAUUUAGCAUGACCUACAUAGGAGAAGUGUUUACCAAGAUCCUGGUUCUGCCUUAUGUUGGAGGACAAAUGGACAUGGUCAUUUUGCUUCCAGAUGAGAACACAGAUCUAAAAAUGUUGGUAAAAGGACUUACUUCUGAGACAUUAGCAGAUUGGUUAAAUCCAGAGAUGAUGGAUGAAACUGAGGUGGAAGUUUUCCUUCCCAGAUUUAAAUUGGAGGAGGAUUUAGACAUGGAAUUCAUUCUUCGAAAAUUGGGGAUGUCAGAUGCCUUUGAUGGAUCCGUGGCUGACUUUUCUGGGAUGUCGGCCAGGCGUGACCUGUAUCUGUCCAAGGUUGUACACAAAGCUUUUGUGGAAGUUAAUGAAGAAGGCACGGAAGCAGCUUGUGCCACUGCAAUUGUCAUAAUAAAGCUAUGUGCAAGAAUUAUUCCACGAUUCAUAGUCAACCGUCCUUUCCUUUUUCUUAUCCAAGAUAACAGCUCAAAAACUAUUUUGUUUUUGGGCAAAGUGAUCUCUCCAUAAAGAGAUCAUUUACCCCUGAUGGAGUCUUUACCCUGGUGUUAUUUACACCUGUUUUACCUAGACUCUUAUGUACAUAUAAUCCAAAGGGUCCUUAUCAACAUGGUGAUAAUAAUCAAAAAAUAAAAUUCUUGAUUCAGAAAUUCUCUA